AUGAGGAGGCUUACAAAAUCCAACAUUCGCAUACUGUCAAAGGAAAAUCUUCCUAGAAUUGCUUCCGAUGACGAUGAAAUGGUGCAGAUUUCAGGAGACCUUGAUGUUGCCAAAGAUGCUCUUGUUCACAUACUUACACGAUUGAGAGCAAACCUUUUUGAUAGAGAGGGUGUUGUCUCUGGAUUCCUCCCAGUUCUACCAUAUAUUCCUGCUCCAGCAGACUCCUCUGAUGGUCUUGGCUAUGACAGUAGGGAUGGAAGAAGAUAUGGACGCGGGCAUUCUUAUUCAAGUGGCUAUGGAGGAUCAAGCGAUUUAGGAGCUGGCGACACUUAUGGAAGCUAUGGUGGUUCACAGCUUGCUGGAAGCGGUGCUUAUGGGGACUAUGAAAGUUACUCUUUGGGACGGGAUAGUACUGUUUGGUUGCCCAGUCAGAACAAUGUUUCUAGGAGGAGAAACCCUGGUUACUAG